GAACGUCGGAGCUCAUUGUCUACAGUUUCAUAAAUAUUUACUGACUGAUAUCAAUUAUAAAUAAAUUUUUCUGACGUUUUCUCAGUUCGAUCCUUUUUGGUAUAUUUCCAUUCUUAGAAAUCACAAAACAAAGUCAACAUGUCAGGGUCUAGAAGAAAAACACUCCUCAAAGUUAUUAUUCUGGGGGACAGCGGAGUUGGUAAAACUUCAUUGAUGAACCAGUUUGUCAACAAGAAGUUUAGUAACCAAUACAAAGCCACAAUCGGUGCAGAUUUUUUGACAAGGGAAGUCAUGGUUGAUAAUAAACUUGUCACAUUGCAGAUUUGGGAUACUGCAGGUCAAGAACGUUUUCAGAGUUUAGGUGUAGCAUUCUACAGGGGAGCUGAUUGCUGUGUUCUCGCAUUUGAUGUGACUGUUGCAAGCACGUUCAAAAAUUUAGAUAGUUGGAGGGAUGAGUUUCUCAUUCAAGCGAGUCCCAGGGAUUCAGAACAUUUUCCUUUUGUGGUUAUUGGCAACAAAAUUGAUCUUGAAAAUAGAGCUGUAACUGCAAAGCGAGCACAGCAAUGGUGUGAGAUGAAAAAUCAUGCUCCAUAUUUUGAAACAAGUGCAAAAGAUGCCAUUGGAGUUGAGCAGGCAUUUCAAACAGUUGCACGAAAUGCUCUGGCCCAAGAGGCCGACUCAGAAAUGUACAAUGAAUUUCCUGAACCAAUCACAUUAACUGGCAACCCUGGCAAUAAUCAAGGCUCUGGAUCAAACUGUUCAUGCUGAGUUGUAUGUAUGCUGGUGAGUGGUCAGGGUUUAUGAUGAGGUGUGUGGCUGUUGGUGGGUGGUCAGGAUUCGUGAUGAGGCGUGUGGAUGUUGGUGGGUGGUCAGGGUUCGUGAUGAAGUGUGUGGAUGUUGGUGGGUAAUAGCUGAUUUUUGAAGAAAAUAGCUGGUAUUCAUGUUAGUUUGAGAAAAACAUUUUUUUGUCUAUUGUAAUAUGAUGUUAUAUAUAAACUUUUAUCACUGUUGUCACUUAUUUUAUUAAGAUAAUGUUAUCAAUGUUAUAAUUUAUUGCCAUAUAUUAUCUUAUCAUUAUUUUCAAUAUUACUUUUUAUGUUAUUUAACAAUUUUUUAAUUUCAUUAUGAAAUGUUUUCUGGUGCUCAGUAAUUACCAUGGGCUGGUAAAAACGACUGAUGAGUUAAUUUGUUACUAACAGCUUUGUAAUUAUAAUUAUUAUAAUUUUGCUUGUCAUUAUGAAAAGUUACCGACCAUUCAUGUCUACCAUUGAUAUGAUUUGGUACUCAUUUCAAUGAUAGGCUAAAUUGUUUUCAUAUUGGGACUUGUGAAAAUAUUAUUAAUUGUGAAAUCAGGUUCAUUAUCAGUGUUUUUU